GGGCGAAUUCUUUUCCUUAGAAAUUCAUCUUACAUUACACAAAGGAGUGGGGGCAGAUAUGUUUCGACAUGUGAUUAAGGUUGGAAUUAGCAAGCCUGCGGUGGCUGCCCGCCUAGCAUUGUCUUCCUCACACCGCACUUCCUCCCAUAGCGCGACGCACCACGACUGGUCUCGAAUAUUUUCCCACCCCCUGACGGACGUCGAGAAGGAACUCGUCCAGCAGCAGAUGAACCGUACCGUGUCGACUGUCGUGCCUGGGAAGAUGUUCAUGCGCCACUGGAUUAAUACAGAGCAGUCAACGGAAUCCGUCGUUGAUCGGGUGGUGGGCGGUAUGAUCAUCAUUUUCACCAUAAUCUGGGCAUCUGGAUACUCAACGUUGGGGUACAACAGCCACACCAGCGCGCACACCGCUGGCUGGUUCUUUAUAGCAUAUUAUAUUGUUUUCCUCACCCACGCUAUGUGGCUUGCACCGGUCUUUAUGACAGGUCUAGCGGCUCAGCUUAUGCUGAACUGA